CCUGAAUCUCAUCUCUCUCUUCUCUUAUUAGUCUUUAGGGUUUCUCGAAACUUCCCCUAUAGAGUUCCAGGAAAUCCCAAUCUUUCUUUUCCAUUCAAAUUAGGGGGUUUCGAUUUGUAACUCAAAAUCAUGGCUGGAGGAGGAAAUUUCAUUGGUAGAGUUAUGUCUUAUGUUGUUAAUGAAUUAGUCGUUAAUGGCUUAGCAAACAGUGUUGCAUUCCAGAGGUUUGCUGUUAGGACAUCAAAGAGAAUUGAAACUGUACAAAAUCUAGCUGCAAAGAAGAAACAAGAACUCACAGAACAAGUGAAGGAUAUUUCUAAGAAUUUCAAAGAGUGAUAAAGGGAAAUGUUAUGAUGGAGGUGAUGAUCCUUUCCCCAGCUGAUCGACCAAGAUUAUAAUGUGCGUUUUGUUUAAAUCUCUUUCUCAACAGAAGAGGUUUUCCAAGCCAGUACUCUGAUCCAUCCAUUUUUCUCGUGCGGAGACAUUUAUUUUACCAUAUAAUUUUUUGUAUGAUUUCUGUUGUCCAAAAUUCUGGUUUGUUGUUUAUGAUGAUAAAUCUAAGGCUUGUUUCUCAAGAAAAUUCUCAGUCGACUAAGAGCUUUCGCCUUUCGCCAGGCUUGAGAGUUAAUGCUGUUUUUUUCCUUCAUUGGAUGUCUGAGACACUUCUCUUUGCUAUUCAUUUCCUUCUAUAGUACUAUUUAAUCAA